UUGGGUUCAACCACAAAGUAACAAGUUUGCUACGGGUGUGGAGAACAAGGCUACCAGUGACUCAAAACAUAUUGGCAGCCCUGUACAUUACUAGUCUAAUAAAAUAGUAAGAUUUCAUCAGAUUAUCAGAUGUAUGAAUUGAAUCACCUCAAGAUUUCACCACAAAGACUGCAUCAUUUUAUUUAUACUCAACUUAAGGUUUUAAGAUGCCAGUAUAAAGGAGGAAGGCGGAACAACCUUGAAGGGCUUUCUGGCACCUCCACCAUUGCCGACCUACAAGAAAAGAUAUGGUUGAUGACCGAUGUUCCACCCCAUGCACAGAGAAUUCUUUCAGGAUUUCCACCGAAGCAGCUGAUCUGCCAAGAUAAAGGUAGCUCAUUAUCGUCACUGGACAUUCGAUCAGGGGACACUCUUAUCAUUGAGGAAGACAAAAAAGCACCCAAAGUAUUACUUGAUGGUUACAAGAAAUCUCUGAGCAGUGCAGCACUUGGCAAGAUAACAAGGAGAGUUGUCCCUGCUGAUAAUUCCUGUCUUUUUGCAAGUGUAAGUUAUGUUAUGCUUGGUGACACAUCGUGCACUGCAGAGUUAAGAAAGCUCAUAGCACGGUGUGUUUCAAGUGAUCCUCAAACUUAUAACAAUGUGUUUCUGGGCCGUGCUAACUCAGAUUACUGCAACUGGAUACUGGAUAAAGAAAACUGGGGAGGAGCAAUAGAGUUGUCAAUCCUCAGCAAGCAUUACCAGACAGAAAUUGCUGUUGUUGAUAUUGAGUCAGGAAGAGUGGAUAGGUUUGGAGAGGGUAGCGGCUACAGUAGCUGUGUAUAUCUGAUAUAUGAUGGCAUCCAUUAUGAUCCUCUGGCUGUACAAAGCUCUGAUAAUUCAGCACUGCCGCUACAGACUGUGUUUCCUGUUGACGAUGACAUGCGACUGGCGGAAGCUCUUGAAAUAGCUGCAGAUGCCAAUCAGAAACGUCACUUCACAAACCUGUCGCAGUUCACUAUCCGCUGUCUCGUUUGCGGCACACCGCUGACCGGACAGCAAGCGGCUCAAGAUCAUGCCAUUUCGACUGGUCACACAAAUUUUGGCGAAGUAUGAAGUGUGAACUGACGCCAUUGGUUGUGAACUCUGGCCGGCGUUCGUCUUAUGGAAGGCGUGUGAUGGGUUGUAAGGCUGGGACAAGUGUAUACUUUCGUGUACUGAAAUGCAAAGAUAUCUAGCAGAAUGGUGACAGAAGUCAAGUAUCUGCCGACAUAUUCACAAAUUACAGUGAUUGGCGUGUCUUUGUGCUAUUGCCAGCGUAGCUGCUCGCGUUUGCUGCCCCGCGCGGGAGCUAAAGAAAUCAAUUUGCGGGCGAUAUCCUGCCAGCCACGCAGGCUGAGCGUGCUACUGAAACUACGAGCGAACGCGAAAUGAACGCAGGCCUCAGAGUGACGAGCAAUUUGAUGUCAAGCUCGUUAAACAAUUACGAAGAGAGGGACAACCAGUACUCAUUAUAGAAUUUGUACUCUAACUUACGAAGUGCCGUAAGUUUGGCUGAAGAAACUAACUAAAAUUGAAAGUAUUUAUUGUUAUAUGAAAAACAAAAGUAGUGUUCCAUAUAUUUUCUGCUGGUAAACUGCGAUUGAUUAAUUAAAUUGGAGAGUCUAUUUUGCUUACAAUUAAAUGUAUAGUCAUAGCCUGUUUACUGUACACUCCAUUCAGUUAAAAAAAAACUUGCACCUUAAAAGUGUUCUUUUCUGGGUGGAUGCCCACCUUAUAUUUUCGUAGAAAACGCUUUUUGCGGCAAGAAUUAUCAUGGUUUUGUCUUUACCUAUGCUUGAGAACCUGUUAAGCCUAUAUUCAGGGCGAGACGAAGUAAACUAAACAACAAGUUCA